AAGCAGAAAAGGCAGUCUCACGUUUUGUGUAUAAAAAGCACAUAUAGCCACCUGAAUGAGACCGACAAAGUAUCUCUCAACUUUUUUCCAAUUUUCCCUUUUUUCUUUUUAAUUUUAUUUAUCUCUUAUUAUACUCAAGAGAGUGAGAGAAAGAAAGAAAGAAAGAGUUGCUCUGUAACGUGUAAAAUUAAGAUAGCAGAAAUGCAACUGUGCAGCUCUUCUUCUCCAAUUCCAAUACUGAUGAUAUUGUAUUCAGUUGCAGUGUUUGUUGUUCUUAUCAAACCUUGCAAGGGUUUGAUAAAGCUGCCACCAAAUCAGGUAAUUCCAGCAGUAAUAGUGUUUGGAGAUUCGAUCAUGGAUACUGGCAACAACAACGACCUGAAGUCUCUUGUUAAGUGUAACUUCCCUCCCUACGGCCAGGAUUUCAAGGGCCAAAAACCAACUGGCAGGUUUGGUAAUGGAUUUGUGCCCUCUGACUUCAUAGUGCAAGAAUUAGGAAUAAAAGAGUUGCUGCCAGCAUAUUCAGAUCCAAAUAUUCGUCCUCAAGAUCUUAUCACGGGUGUUUGCUUUGCUUCGGGUGGCACAGGAUUUGAUCCCAUGACACCCAAAAUAGCGGCAGUGUUGUCUUUCGAUGAUCAACUAAAAAUGUUCAGAGAAUACAUUGGGAAGCUUCAAGCAAUGGUUGGAGAAGAGAGAACAAAAUUCAUAUUAGCCAAUAGCCUGUUUCUCGUGGUAGCAGGAAGUGACGACAUAGCCAAUACCUACUUUACUAUUCGUGUCAGAAAAUUGCAAUACAGUGUUCCUGCUUACACUGACCUUAUGGUCAACUCUGCCUCCAGUUUCAUCCAGGAAAUUUAUGGACUUGGAGCUAGAAGGAUCGGAGUGUUCAGUACCCCACCAAUUGGAUGUGUGCCAUCCCAAAGGACAUUGGGGGGAGGAGUACUCAGGGAGUGUGCACAAGAAUACAAUGGAGCCGCAACAUUAUUUAACUCUAAACUCUCUGCCACGUUGGACUCCUUAACCUCUCACCUGCCAAACAGCAAGUUGGUCUACAUUGAUGUUUACACUCCUCUACUCGACCUCAUUCUCAACUAUCAAAAAUAUGGAUUUGGAUAUGUGAACAAAGGGUGCUGUGGCACAGGGGCCAUAGAGGUUGCAGUACUAUGCAACCCCUUAUCUCCCACGUGUACAAAUUCGUCGGAUCAUGUCUUCUGGGAUAGCUAUCAUCCCACAGAAGCAACAUACAGAUUCCUAAUUCCCAAACUUAUGAAUAAAUAUAUCAAUGCCUUUUUCUAGAACACCUGAUGUUAUCGACUCCCCCUAAAUUUCUUGUUUUGACAUCGGAAUCAGAUCCAUUGGUUUCUUAUGUCCCCUUUGAUUUCCUCAAGCAUAAUUGUCGAUUUCCAAUUCAUAAAUAUAUGUAUAUCUUACCAGAUUAAUUAUAUUGUUCUCGUUGAUUGAGAUUGUGAUUAUUGAAAUCAAAUUAAUCACAAGAUAUAUAAAUUCUAGUGCUCUCCAUUAUUCCCUUCGUAAAAUUUUCAUCCAUGAGUCUACUUCGAAUUGUAUCCUGUUUCUAUGGUGGGAAACUUUACAUUAAUCUCUAUUUCAAUAUUAUUUAAAAGCCAUAGCUUUCUGUA